AUGUCUCCUUCAGCAACAACAGAACUCGGCCCUGCCAGCGGCCCUGAUGUCCAACUCAAGCCUGAAGAGACCCCCACACACAAGGCUCCUCGCCAACAUGCCUCACACGAAGAGUACCAAUACCUCGAUUUGAUUCGCGACAUUCUAGAAGAGGGAGAGCAUCGUCCAGACAGAACUGGUACCGGCACAUACUCCAUCUUCGCCCCCAACCAACUCCGCUUCAGACUUUCCGACAAAAACACCGGGAAGUUGAUUCUACCUCUUCUCACCACGAAACGCGUCUUCCUCCGCGCCGUCAUCGCCGAACUAUUAUGGUUCGUCGCAGGAAGCACCACCUCAACGCCCCUUACCGAACAAGGCAUCAAGAUCUGGGACGGCAAUGGCUCGCGCGAAUAUCUCGACUCUGUUGGCCUCUCGCAUCGCGAAGUUGGUGACCUUGGCCCUGUCUACGGUUUCCAAUGGCGUCACUUCGGUGCUGAGUACAAAGAUGCAAAGACUGACUACACCGGACAAGGUGUCGAUCAACUGGCAGAGGUUGUGCACAAGUUGAAGAACAAUCCCUACGAUCGCCGCAUCAUCCUCUCGGCCUGGAACCCCGCAGAUCUCAAGAAGAUGGCUCUACCACCCUGCCACAUGUUCGCCCAGUUCUAUGUCUCAUUCCCCAAGGAUGCCCCCACCAAGGCAGAUGGCUCGAAGCAGGGCACUCUACACUCAAUUUUGUACCAGAGAUCUUGCGAUAUGGGUCUAGGUGUUCCAUUCAACAUUGCCAGUUAUGCUCUUCUCACACACAUGCUGGCAAAGGUGUGUGAUUUGAUUCCUGGUACCUUCACACAUACCAUGGGCGAUGCGCACGUCUAUUGCGAUCAUGUUGAUGCUCUCAAACUCCAAAUCGAGCGUGUACCAAAAGACUUCCCCGAAUUGGUCAUCGAGAAGUCCGACGACGACCUUUCGAUUGAUGGUUGGAGAGUCGAGGACUUCAAGGUUCUUGGCUAUGAUCCUCACAAGGGGAUUGCCAUGAAGAUUCGUCGCACGGAUUAUGAAGUGGAUCUGAUACUCCAUGAGAACCCGAACCUUCAUCCCGUCGAUCUAGCACCUUACGUUGCACAGAUAGCAGAAGACAAGUGGGAUCCAAAGACGGAUCAGCUUGGCUAUGAUCAAGAUGCUACCACCAUCGAUCGGUUCAUCCACGAGCAUCAGGACCUUGUGAUUCUCAUUGCAGCUGAGAAUUAUGCGAGAGAACGCAAUGCGGGGAUGAGUCAGAUUAGUGAUAACAGUGCGGCUAAGAACUGCAUCACCGUGGGAGCUUGCGGCUCUACACGUUCGAACGACGGUGACCGCUAUGACCCCAACCCCGAGGAGUCAUCCACUAACAAAGCAGUUUCCAGUGCUGAUACAGCACGAUUCAGUAGCAGGGGACCCACCAAGCCCAGUCGAGAUCCUCAGGGACAGAUUGUCUUCCCUGACCGCAUCAAGCCUGAUGUCGUGGCACCAGGCGUCGCAGUGCUUCCAGCGGCUUCACGAGUGGUAAGUCUAUAUGACAGGGUCAGAGAGAGAGACGGAGUAUCAAGUGACACCGACUGGCUCUUCAUGUCUGGGACAAGUAUGGCAACACCCCUAGUUGCCGGCUGCGUAGCGCUUAUCCGAGAAGCAUUGCAAAAGAACGGAAAUCAACACUCUAGUGCAGCUUUGGUGAAAGCUCUCCUGAUCAACCGGGCUGUAAACUACUCUAGUCUGACUGGUGCCGGAUACGAUCACGAGUCAGGAUUUGGACGUGUCGAUGUCAGCAGUACCAUUGCAAUGAUCUCACGGUCUCCUCUAUCUGGCUUCGUCGAUGGAGGGAACAAGCUGGAAUCUAGCAGUGUGUAUGAUGUUUCAGCAUUGCGCGAAACCCUAACAACGGCAGGAACAUGGGAAAGCCCGGCAAUAACUAUCUUCGAAGGUCGACACAAACUGGUUGCCACACUAGUAUACCCCGACCCACCAGGCGAACGUCUACAAAAUAACGUCAACCUCAUCGUACGAGCAGGAAAUAGUGAGAGACAUGGCAACAUGGGCAGUGAACCUGGAUUCGACCACACCGAUAAUGUUGAAAGAGUUAUUUGGGAAGAUCUGAGCAGCAAGACAGUCACGAUCGUUGCCCAAGUGCAGGCUUUCACAAGGGUAUCCUCUGAGCAAGCCUUUGCUAUUGCUUGGUCUAUUCGAGCCAUGUAG